AUGGCUGCCCGGGGGGACGAGGCGCAGCGGGCAGCCUGGCUCCGGCAGUACUACACGCAGCGACAGAAGAGGCUGAUGACGCUGCUGAUUGCUCGUCGGAGGAGAUCCAGCUGUUACUUCCACCCACGCGCAUGGCCCAGCUUCCGGAACGCUGACUGGUGGGAACGGGUGGUCCUGAAAGACUUCCAGCCUCGGGACUGGCUGGAGAAAUUCCGAAUGUCCAAGGAGACCUUCUUCUAUGUCUGCAACCAGCUGCGACCCAAGCUGUCCCACCCGAGUACCCAGCCCCACCCAGUGCUGCCUCUGGAGCAGCGGGUAGCCGUGGCCGUUUGGCACCUGGCCACCAAUGUAGAGUACCAGACAAUCAGCCCCCUCUUUGGGGUGGGUCCCUCCACAGUGCAGAACUGCGUCAAGGAGGUCAGCUACGCCAUUGUGCUGCUACUGAAGCCGCUCUACCUCCGGCUGCCCAGCGAGCAGGAGCUGGAGAACAUGGUGCGGAUCUUCAGUGCCCGCUGGGGAUUCCCACACUGCAUCGGUGCCUUGGACAGCCUCCAUGUCCCCAUCCACGCCCCUGCGCACCUCGGUGCCGACUACUGCAACAGCCAGGGCUGGCAUUCUGUCCUCACGCAGGCGACGGUGGAUGGGCUGGGUCAGUUCUGGGACAUCUGCGCCGGCUUCCCUGGCAGCAUGGAGAACAGCACCGUCCUGGAAAACUCCAGCUUGUGGGUGUUAGCCAGGGAGGGCCGCCUCUUCCCAACCCCCCUGAAACAUUUCAUGGGGAGGGCACAAAAGUACGUCCUGUUGGGAGAUGCCUCUUACCCGCUGCGGGACUGGAUCCUCAAGCCUUACCCAGAAGACGGCACCCUCACCCCACAGCAGCUCCAGUUCAACUAUCGCCUGAAGCGAGCCCACAGCGUGAUCGAGAAUGCCUUCCUGCGCCUCAAGGCCCGGUGGCAGUUCCUCCUGAAAUGUGACGACUGCAGCCUGGACCUGCUGCCCACGGUCAUACUCGCCUGUUGCACCCUGCACAACGUGUGCGAGGCCCACGACAGCCCCUUCAAUGAGGAGUGGCUAGAGGUGAUCGAGCCCGCCGAGCUCUCAAAGCCCUGCCAGCCUGCGCCCAUGUCCAUGGACGACAGCAGCGCCGAGGCAGUGCGAGAGCUGAUGUGCGAAUACUUUGAAAGCUACGGAGAAGGCUGA